CUUGCUGGACAGUUUUGUGGAAGUAUCCAAUAGCGAAGCCUCGAAAACUAAACAUUUUCGCUGGGUUGUCUGAAGGCGCCGACAUGGCACUAGCUCUGCAUUUAAUCUUUAUCGCGCUGUUUUUUAUGAAUGUGUCAUUUGGUCUCGUAAAGCCUACAAAUGAUACGACAACAGUGACAUCCACAACCGACACGGAGAGUAAUGUUACCGAGACUACAAGCCGCUUUUCUACAAUUAACGCAAAUGUGAAAAACUUCAGCAAGAGUGUCACCGACGCACCACUCUGGUUCUCUACUACCGUUAAAUCAACGGUGCUGACAAAACCACCGAUUUCGACAGUCUCUGGUAAAUUUGAUACCGAAGAUUUAAAUGAGGGAAUCGACAAAAAAGUAGAAAGACGAGUGUGGAAUAAAGCUGAAGAGGAACCGCAGGAAUUAGAAUGCCCUCCGCUGGGUCUGGAGUCUCUGCGGGUGAAGGACUCCCAGCUGAGAGCCUCGUCCUUCCAGCGCCGCGGGCUGGGCCCUCAUCGCGGCAGGCUCAACAUCCAGUCUGGCAUCGCAGACGGGGACAUCUACGACGGGGCGUGGUGUGCCCAGUACGAGGACAAGAAGCAGUGGCUGGAGGUGGACGCCAAGAAGCCCACCCUCUUCACAGGGGUCAUCCUCCAGGGUCGCAACUCCAUCUGGAGCUGGGACUUGGUUCACAGCUACAAGGUGCAGUUCAGCAACGACACGCUGACCUGGAAGCCCUGCAUGAAUGGAACACAGGAGGCUGUGUUUGAGGGGAACCAGGACGCAGAGACAGCAGUUCUGGCCCUUUUUAACGAGUCGUCCACAGUCGCGCGCUACAUCCGCAUCAACCCCCAGACCUGGUACGAGAACGGAACCAUCUGCCUCAGGGCCGAGGUCCUGGGAUGUGCCCUCCCAGAUCCCAACAGCUACCCAUGGCACACAGAGCACGGGACCCAGGACAAGCUGGACUUCAGACACCACAACUACAAGGAGAUGAGGAAGCUGUUGAAGUCGGUGAACGAGGCGUGUCCUGACAUCACCAGGAUCUACAGCAUCGGGAAGAGUCACAUGGGUCUCAAGCUCUACGUCAUGGAGAUCUCGGACAACCCAGGCAAACAUGAGCUGGGCGAGCCGGAGUUUCGCUACGUCGCGGGCAUGCACGGUAACGAGGCCCUGGGGAGAGAGCUGCUGCUUAACCUGAUGCAGUACAUCUGCCAGGAAUACAAGCAGGGAAACCAGCGUGUCGUCCGCCUGGUCAAGGAGACACGUAUUCACUUGAUGCCCUCCAUGAACCCCGAUGGAUACGAGAUGGCCUUUAAGAAAGGUUCAGAGCUGGCAGGGUGGGCGCUCGGUCGCUAUAGCUACGAGGGGAUCGACAUGAACCACAACUUCGCUGACCUGAACACAAUCAUGUGGAACGCCAUUGAGCUGGAGACGAAUAAAUCCAAACUGAUAAAUCACUACUUCCCCAUCCCAGAGUUCUACACGUCUGAGGAGGCCUUCGUGGCCUCAGAGACCCGAGCUGUCAUCAACUGGAUCCAGAACAUUCCCUUUGUCCUCGGGGCUAAUCUCCACGGGGGGGAGCUGGUGGUCACUUACCCGUUCGACAUGACGCGUGACUGGGCCCCUCGUGAGCACACCCCUACGGCCGACGAAAGCUUCUUCCGCUGGCUGGCCACAGUCUACGCCAGCACGAACCAGGUGAUGUCCAACCCAGACCGCCGGCCCUGUCACAACGAGAACUUCCUUCGCUACAACAACAUCAUCAACGGAGCCAACUGGCACACCGUACCAGGAAGUAUAAAUGACUUCAGCUACCUGCACACCAACUGUUUCGACGUGACGGUGGAGCUGUCCUGUGACAAGUUCCCCCACGCCAGCGAGCUGCCUGCAGAGUGGGAGAACAACAAGGAGUCCCUGCUGGUCUACAUGGAGCAGGUCCAUAGAGGUCUGAAGGGAGUGAUUCGAGACAAGGACACAGAGGCAGGCAUAGCAGACGCCAUCGUCAAAGUGGACGACAUAGACCACCACAUCAGAUCAGUUGCCGACGGAGACUACUGGCGCCUGCUGAACCCGGGCGACUACGAGGUCACAGUCAGCGCAGAGGGCUACUACCCCUCCACACGCACCUGCCGCGUGCACUACGAACACUACCCCACCAUCUGCGACUUCCGCCUCGCCAAGACCCCCAAGCAGCGCCUGAGGGAGAUCCUGGCUAAAGGCGGGAAGAUCCCCAAAGACCUGCAGCUGAGACUGAGGCAGCUGAGGCUGCGCAAGCUGAGGGCCAGCACCAAGGCUCUCAACCGCCGGCGCGCUGCAGCCUCCAGGAGGGCCAAGAGGUCCUGAUGCAGAGUCAUGGAGCCUGGGAACCAGGCGGUUUGCUCUCUUUCAUUGAGUCAUAGAGCCUGUGAAGCAAUCACAGUCUUCUCUCAUGGAGCCUGUGGACCAAUCACAAUCCUCUAUUCCAUGGUUUGGUCUGGUAUGUUUUGAGUGACAGACUACUCACUGAUUGUGGAAGUUUCUGCACCAUGAGAGUUGUGCGUUCAAUGGAUAUACUUAAUGUCCACGUUUUUGCAGAUGUCUGCAUCAAAUCAGUUGAUACAGUAUGCCACUAGUUCAUCAGCAUCAAUGCUGAAAAUCAUAAACCAAACCCAGAAGAGUUCAACAACUCUUGACAUCACACAGAUCUGCUUCUACAGUCUGGUACUGUUGUGUUAUCGGGAGGAAAUAUCACAUUCAAGAAAUCAUUAGAUUUCGCAUCUUUUAGUUUGUUGCUUUGAUAUAGCCUAGUUUUGUAACUUUUUUACGAGACAAGUCAAAAUGCUGGCAUUUGGAUGUUCUUGCAAACAAUGAUGGUGUUAUUGAUUGAAAUUGAUUCAAAAUAAAAUUGUUACCUAUAA